AAAAGAGCAGAGGGGAGGAGAGGGAAAAGAGCAGAGGGGAGGAGAGGAAGAGAGGUGGUUGAACCUAGUCAAGACUUCAUCUCUUCACCACUGCAUUCUUGUUGAGUGCAUUUUGGAAGGCGAGAUUGGACGUGGUUUUCGACUUUGGAUCUUAUCGAUUACCUUGAGAUGAUUCUCAAAGGACUCCUGCUUUUCCUCGUCGUAAUAGGAGUGUGUGAUGGCGCAACUUCGUACAAGGCAGAGAGAAUUACGGCAGCCGGACCUGUUGAAUACAUCAGCUCGGAACCUUUUGUAACAGCAGUUGGAUGCGUAGAGCAGCUGAAGGUCACGUUCUAUCCCAUCAACGGAGUUCUCCCUGCCACAAUCAACCUGUAUAGGCUGGGCACCGACUUUCAGAUCACUGCUUCCGCGGCUUUGAUUGGCCCUGGCCGCGAACACGACAUCAUUUGCUGUUCGCAUUAUCCUUUGGACAGAAACGCAGUACUCAAACAACUCCCAGGGUAUGCGAGCUCAACCUGUCAAGGUGGGGAAUACAACCUGAACUACUUUGACUUCUUUCAGUGCUCGCUGUUGCAAGUGGAAACAGUAAAUAAUACAAAAGUAGCAACAAUAUAUUUCGUCCCACCAGCAGGGAGUGACAUAACAUCGAAUGGCUUUGGAAACAUCACUUUCUCGGUUCAACCCAUCACGGGCGAAGGGAUAAAGACAGAAAGAUUGAUUGUAAAUAUCCAAAUUCGUCAAUGCAAUGCUUGUAUCAAAGCAGGCGAAGGACUCAAUGCGUUCGCGAAAAGAUUUUACACGCACUGGCUGCAGGUGUACAGCUCAAAUCCAGAAAUCAACAGAAAUCCGAAUCAGAUCGAUGAAAACCAAGUGAUCCGCCUUGGGCCGUUGUACUCGGUGAGGAUAGGAGAUACGCUGAUGUCGAUCGCAACCAAAUUUGGGGUCACCGUCAAUCAGAUUCUGUUUUGGAAUCAAUUCUUACGAAGUCAAGCGAGCUACGCUUCCGAUGGUUCCAUACAGAUUUCGCCGGGCUUGUCGCCAGGCCAGCUUAUGUGUAUACUACCAAAGACCUGCUACAACAGCUUUGGCAGUGCUCAGCCAAUCUUCAGCCAGAGGGAAGUCACUCAAGGGUAUGGCGGUUCUGCUGGUCUACCUUAUCAGAUCUUAAAUGGCACAAGUUCACCCUAG